UCAGCCGCGUCCAAGCCCGGGCGGGCCGCCAGGUGAGCGCUCCCGGGCGCUCCAAACGCGUCGCUGGCGGCAGUGCGCCCACCAGGCCAAGUACGGGUCAUGGAGCCGCGCGCGGGGGGCGCCACGGACCCUAAGGGGAGCAGAGGAGGCCGAGGCCUUCCCCCGCCCGCGGGCCCCAGAGCCCGGCAGCUCCUGGCGCGGCUGGACGCGCGCCCCCUGGCGGCCCGAGCUGCGGCCGACGUGGCGGCGCUGGUACGCCGGGCCGGCGCCACACUGCGCCUGCGCCCCAAGGAGGCCAUUAGCGUGCUGGAUUCUGCGGACAUAGAGGUCACAGACAGUCGCCUUCCUAAUGCCUCUUUCGUGGAACACCGGCCCCAGCAUCGUCGGUCAGAGACCUUGGGUACACGUACCGCUCCGCCCCAAGUGACCGAGGGUAAGGCACGUCGUGCUUCGAAGCCGCCCCAGGCCUCUGGUCAGUUCUGUGUGGAACUCGUUCGCAGUUCCGUGGGCUUUGGCUUCACAUUGAGUGGAGGCCGAGAUGCAGGCGGGGACGCUCCGCUGGCAGUGCGCGGGCUGCUGAAGGAUGGGCCGGCACAGCGCUGCGGUCGCUUGCAGGCUGGCGACCUCGUGCUCCACAUCAAUGGAGAGUCAACUCAGGGCCUCACCCAUGCCGAGGUCAUGGAUCGGAUUCGCACAGGCGGUCCCCGGCUCUGCCUUGUGCUAAGCAGGCCUCCUGAGACCCACCCCGAACACAGCCAGAGGGCAACAGCCUAUGCCUGUCUUGGUCACCACGUGUCCUAG